AUGGCUCCCGCAGUUUCUAAGCACGACCACUACGUUGUCUUGCAGGUGAGGCCUGGCGCGCCUCACGAGGAAAUCAAAGCUUCAUAUCGACGACUCGCUCGACUCCACCAUCCCGACAAGAACAUUGGAUGUAUAGAGGCUACUGCAAAUACACAGCUUAUCAACGCGGCCUGGGAAGUCCUUAGCGAUGUAGUCAAAAGACAGGAGUAUGACAGGACUCGCCCAAAACCUACUGCCUCAAAAAGUAGCGGUCCCAGUUCACCAAACCCUAAUGCCUCAACAGGUAGCGGUCCCAAGCCACCAAACCCUACUGCCUCAGCAAGUAGCGGCCCCAAACCACAAAAACCUACUGCCUCAACAAGUAGCGGUCCCAAACCAGCAAAACCUUCCCCUACGACAUCAUCGGAGCAAGAUGAUCGGUCCACUCCUCGGCAGCCAGAUACUACGGCGCAAGAUGAGGCACGGGCAGAAGCUGCAAGCAAUGCAAAGCGACAAGAAUGGCUCAACUUCGAGAAAUACCAAGAGCAGCAGAUACGCGAAUCUGUCAAAGUCGUUAAUCCGCUCGAGGCCUUACUCUCUUUCCUUGAUGCUAAGAUUAAGGAAAAUAGGGCGAAGCUUGCAGCCAAUGAGCCGAACGCCUGGAGUAUAUUCUCAUAUUUCAAGAAGAGACUGAGUGAAGAAGAAAAGGGUGAGCUUAGGAAGGAGUGUGUUGAUCUUGAAAAUGUUAUGAGGAUCCAGCGAAUAUCUCUUGAUAAGGCGAAUAUGCAGUUGCAGGAACUUAGAGAUGAGCUAGCACGUCGAGAAGCUCAAGAGAGUGUACGGCUCUCUAGUGAAAAAUUUGAAGCACAGAGAAGGGAACGAGCCCGCAAGGCGGAGGCACAGGAAGCGAGAUGGAGGGAGCAGGCAAGACAACAAGCUCAGCAACGAGCAGAGCGAGAACAGAGAGAAGCGGCUGCUAGAAAAGAAGCAGACCGUGCACGUCGAGAGCGAGAUAGAGAUUUGGAAGAGUAUUUGGCGCGGUUGAGGGCGGCCAAUGAGGCUGCCGCACGCAAUCAGCAGGAGCAAACCAAGAAGCGGCAAGCUGAACAGCAUGCGGAGGAAAAGCGGGGAAAGACAUCUGAAACCUGUAAACACAAGGCUUGGUGGGACAAGAUUGAAGGCCGCCAUGACUGUGGAUACUGCACAGCAAUCCUAUACAAGUUUUCGCAACGAUGUCCAGGCUGCGGCAUCGCAUCUUGUGAUUCUUGUAGGCGUGUGCUGCAAGCUGGCGGUACCCCAUCAGUUGAUCAUAGCCGCCAUGGCGGGAACGGGCGAAGAGAAGAGUACCACUUCUGGGAUUAA